CCGCAGCUGGCGGGGCAAAAGUUGCCAGUGGCAAGAACAAAAAAAAAACACACACACACAAGCCCCAACCGAGCCCAGAGAAAAUCUUCACCAUCCGUCCGUAUCCGUAUCCCGUAUCCUGCAUUCGCUUCGGGCACAAGCUCAAUUCUCAAAUGCAAGCUGCAAAUGAGCAAAAAAUUGUCAGUCCACCAGGAGGGGGGCUGGGGGACUGGGGGACUGGGGAAAACUGUGAAAAUUGAAAUGAAAAUUACCCAUUGUGGCAGAAGCAACAGCAGCAGCGGCAGCGGCAGCGGCAGCGGCAUUUCAAUUUGAGCUGCCAUUUUGCACGUGCCCCGAGAAGGAUUCCUUGGCUUCCUUUCUUCAUUUGCCUCGUCCUUGUCCGGUCCCCUCCCCCCCUUUAUGGUCCAUGGAUGGGCUGCCUGGGCACUGCCCCCCCCACCCAUAAUCUUGGCCAAAUGCCGUCGUCGACGUCUUGCACUUUAUUCAUGGCCCUGGUCCACGUCCGACUUUAUUAGUUAUUUUCCGCUCAAUUUGUGUUCUCUGGGAGGCAGGAUAACAAGAAAAAUUAUUUUCAUUUCAUUCAACACAUUCAUGAUGGCCCCCAAGAAUGUCCUUCGUGGAGCUACCACCACACCUUUUCCCGCCUUUAGCGCCCGGACAGAGACAUCUUUUGUUGCAAUUCACGUUGAUUAGCGCCCGAUGAAGGUCGCAGUCCGUGCACGCCACCUCCUCCCCCUCCUACCCCUCCAGUCCCGGCCUGGGAACCCACUCAGCUGCCGACUGGGAUUGGGAGGGGGAGUGAAAAGUUGACGGCUAAUUACAUUGGCAGUCGGUAGCUGUUUGAAAAGUUUACGCACAAUUAUCAACACUCUUCGAGGCGUCGCAUGAUGGGGCACAAAAACUUAACAGACACGCCCCAAAAGUCCCUGCCAUAUAAAUGGAGCCGACGGCGCGUAACCACAAAUAGUUCCUGACCAGCUUUUAACGUGGAAAACUUCACCGAAAAGAUGACCGACCAAGAACAGGAGCCGGACACGGCCCGAACCUUUAAGGACAUGAUGAGGGUCCCAGUUCAGUUUUACCGGACCAUUGGCGAGGACAUCUACGCCCAUCGGUCGACCAGUGCGUGGAGAUCGCUGCUGCUGAAGGUCUACCUGUACGGGGGCUUCAUCAACUUUAAUCUGCUGGUGAUCGGGGAGCUGGUGUUCUUCUACAAGUCCAUACAGGACUUCGAGACCGUCCGCCUGGCCAUUGCCGUGGCUCCGUGCAUCGGCUUCUCCCUGGUGGCCGACUUCAAGCAGUUCGCGAUGGCCUACUACAAGGGCACCCUGGUCCGGAUGCUCGACGAGCUGGAGGAGAUGCACCCGAAGACCCUCGAGCGGCAGCGCGCCUACCGGAUGCCCGACUUUGAGCGCACCAUGAAGCGGGUGAUCAGCAUCUUCACGUUCCUGUGCCUGGCCUACACCACCACCUUCUCGUUCUACCCGGCCCUCAAGGCCUCCGUGAAGUUCAACCUGCUCGGCUACGAGACCUUCGACCGCAACUUCGGCUUCCUCAUCUGGUUCCCCUUCGACGCGACCAGCAGCAAUCUGGUCUACUGGAUCGUCUACUGGGACAUUGCCCACGGGGCGUACCUGGCCGGGAUCGCCUUCCUCUGCGCCGAUCUGCUGCUGAUCGUGGUCAUCACCCAGAUCUGCAUGCACUUCGACUACGUCUCCAGGCGGCUGGAGGAGCACCCGUGCGAGCCGGACAGGGACAGGGAGAACAUCGAGUUCCUUGUCUGGAUCGUCCGCUACCACAACAAGUGCCUCACCCUCUGCGAGCACGUGAACAAUCUGUACAGCUUCUCGCUGCUGCUCAACUUCCUGAUGGCCUCCAUGCAGAUCUGCUUCAUUGCCUUUCAGGUCACCGAGUCGACCGUGGAGGUGAUCAUCAUCUACUGCAUAUUCCUGAUGACCUCGAUGGUGCAGGUGUUUCUGGUCUGCUACUACGGCGACACCUUGAUCGCAACGAGCCUGCGAGUGGGCGACGCUGCCUACAAUCAGAAGUGGUUUCAGUGCAGCAAAACCUACUGCCAAAUGCUCAAGAUGCUGAUCAUGCGCAGCCAGAGGCCGGCCUCGAUCAGGCCGCCCACAUUCCCCCCCAUCUCACUGGUCACCUACAUGAAGGUCAUCAGCAUGUCGUAUCAGUUCUUUGCCCUGCUGAGGACCACCUACAAUGCCGAUUGAAGGGCGGCGCCCCAACGGAGCCCUGGAGCCCCACCUGCCUUUCGUCAAUCGGGCAGAUGACAGCAAGAUUCGAACUUAAUGAUGCCCUCGACACGCUUUGAUAAUAUUUAAUUAAAAAUCGUAUUUAAAAUUAAUAAGCUUAAAUGGAAACCAAUAGCGCCUGGCCGAGCACAAACCGAAUGCCGGCAAAUCCCGCACAGCACAGACUCCAGGUUUUUUUCAAAAGGAAUAUUACAUCACCAACAAAAAAUCAACAAAAAACUGUUAUGCAAAGGACCUCCCCCCACCCCCAGCCCCCUCCUAUAGAGCCUCCAUCCAUUUGAUGGUGCUCCAUUGGCCUCUCCCCAAGAGCGACCUGGUAAUAAAAGGAACAACAUAAAACGCAAUC